GAGAUUCUUUCGAGGCACUGGCAACAUUGGUUAUGUCAGUUUCAAACUUCUAUUUUAAAUUGAAGUUGUUUUAACGGUGAUUUGCAUUCGAAUGUAAAGAAGUUUAUAGUUGUUCUUUCAAAAAUGGAGAAGUCUUACGUGAAUUUUUUUCGCGGUGAAAACUAUUAUCCAUCCAAUGAAAAAUUCCGUGUAAAAGAGGAACCCGUGUCACCAAGACAAGAUGAUUUUUAUUUUAUGGACGAUUUUGAUUUUGCAUCCUGUGCUGGUAUGAAGAAAUCGUUGUCAAUGAAUGAUAUUACUGCUCUUAAAGAAGAAUUGGCUAAACCAGAUGCACAAUGCAUGAAAGAAGAACCCAGAUAUCGCAGGCCCACUGGCAGCAGUACCCAAGAUUUAUCACGAGCAAAAUUCGUCUCUUUAGCAGAAUCCGUUUAUCAUUAUCAAAGAGAUACACCAGGUCGGUUCCAUUCAACGCGGCCACAGGUUUUCCGAUCUCAGUGUAAUGCAGGCCCAACUGGUCUUACUGUACCUCAAUCUCCAAUGCUUCGGUGUAAAGGUAGAUCUCGACCAGUACAUGUCAUGUCCCUAAAAGAAAGAGAAGAAAUGUUAAUAGAAGAAAUGAAAAAUUUCAAAAUUAGGGCUAAUCCUAUACCUAAGGCAGUCCUUUAUGGACCAAGUUUGCCAGAUGUUCCUAAAAAGUCUGCAACAAUACCAGAACCAUUCAAAUUAACAGAAGUACAGAAGAAGACACUUCCGCAGUCCCCACUUGCGGUACAGAAUUUCAAAGCGCGCCCUGCUCCCAAAUAUAUCUUAGAAAAACCACAACUGCCACCAAAAUUGCCCAUUGAAUGUACAAAACCGAUCACCCUAAGGUUGAACUGCAAGCGAGCAGAUUCAGCUGAACGUUUUAGAUGUGAUAAAAAUAUUAAUAAGUUCGCAAAGGAAUCAGAAAAUAAACAGACAUGUAAAAGUGCUCAUAGAGAAGGGCCUAUACGACCUGAGCCAUUCUCGUUUGAGAAAAGAGAUGAAGAAAUUAAAAAACGUAAAGAGGAGAGAAUAAAACAACAAUUAGAGGAAGAGAAAAGGUUAGCUUCUCUAUUUAAAGCUCAACCAUUACCUGCUGUAGUGAAAAAGCAAAUGCAACAUGCAACUAGCAAAUCAAGUGUAUCCAAUGCUUCCUCGGAAAACAAAGAGAACUGUAAUAGGUUUGAAGCUCGUCCUCCUGACGUUUUAUACAAAAAGCCAUUCAAACCUGUUCUCCAAUCAAUUCAGGUGAUAACACCAGAGCCAUUUGAAUUAAUAACAGAGAAGAGAGCUACAGAGAGGGAGAAAUUUGAACAAAUGUUGCGAGAAAAGGAAGAGCAGAGGGAAAAAAUGAGAUUGCAAAUGGAAAAAGAACAAAGAGAGGCUGAAGAAAGAGCUCAAGCAGAGCUCCGAGCUAAACUUAUUCAUCAUGCAAAGCCAGUGCCAAAAUUGACUCCGUUUAUGCCACAAAAGUGUACUGAUGCAAUGACAGUACCUGUGACACCUAAUCUUAUGAAGAGAAAACAAAGAAAGUAAUUUCUUUUAUCCAGGUGAUGAACUCAUAAAGAUAUUUGACUGACAAAAUUAACUCUCCAUUAUAGAAAUAGUUGACAUAUCACCUGUCCAUGAAAACUAUGUGGCCUAGA